AUGCACAGCACCAGCUAUGGCACCAGAUUGCACAUUCAACUUCAUAUUGCACAAACAGCACUUUUCACAUCACAGCACCAGAUUGCACAAACAGCACUUUCCAUAUCACAGCACCAGAUUGCACAAACAGCACUUUCCAUAUCACAGCACCAGAUUGCACCCACAUCACUUUCCAUAUCACAGCACCAGAUUGCACCCACUGCACUUUCCAUAUCACAGCACCAGAUUGCACCCACAUCACUUUCCAUAUCACAGCACCAGAUUGCACCCACUGCACUUUCCAUAUCACAGCACCAGAUUGCACAAACAGCACUUUCCAUAUCACAGCACCAGAUUGCAGCCACUGCACUUUCCAUAUCACAGCACCAGAUUGCAGCCACUGCACUUUCCAUAUCACAGCACCAGAUUGCACCCACAGCACUUUCCAUAUCACAGCACCAGAUUGCACCCACAGCACUUUUCAUAUCACAGCACCAGAUUGCAGCCACUGCACUUUCCAUAUCACAGCACCAGAUUGCACCCACUGCACUUUUCAUAUCACAGCACCAGAUUGCACCCACAAAACAUUUCAUAUCACAGCACCAGAUUGCACCCACAAAACAUUCCAUAUCACAGCACCAGAUUGCACCCACAAAACAUUUCACAUCACAGCACCAGAUUGCACCCACAAAACAUUUCAUAUCAUAG